AAAUUGAGUGGUAUAUAUAAACAAGUUACAAUUGCUAACAAUGGAGAAACAAAGGCAGGUUUCACUUCACAGCCAAAAACCCAGAAAAAUUCAAGGCAGCAACCUCGAAGCUAGUUCAAACUAGUGGGGGGUUGUGUGCUUAUCAAACCUUCACAAAAUCUUAUAAAACAAAAACAUUCAAUCUCUUUUGAAAUACAAAUACAAAUAUAAAUACAAAUACAAGAAUCGUUAGUUUAUAUUUGAAGUUUAAGUCAAUCAGUUUUUGUUGAGAAAAAGAAACAAGGGAAAAUAAUGGCACGUGGGAAGGUGCAAUUGAAGAGGAUAGAAAAUCCAGUGCAUAGGCAAGUGACGUUUUGCAAGAGGCGAACAGGGUUACUUAAGAAGGCCAAGGAGUUGUCUGUUCUUUGUGAUGCUGAUGUUGGAGUUGUUAUUUUUUCCCCUCAAGGCAAGCUCUAUGAACUCGCCACUAAAGGAACCAUGCAAGGGCUUAUCGAGAGGUACAUGAAGUGCACAAACGGUUUUCACGUUGCUGAACCUGCGGCGGCCAUUGAGAAGUGCAUGCUGGAAUCCAAGGACGAAGUCAACAUGAUGACACAUGAGAUCAAAUUACUGGAGAAAGGACUCUGGUCUAUAUUAGGAGGGGGAGAAGGAGCCAUGACAAUGGAUGAGUUGCAUGUAAUGGAGAAGCAUCUCGAAUCCUGGAUUUGUCAAAUUCGCACUACCAAGAUGAAUAUAAUGUUCCAAGAGAUUCAGGCUUUGAAGAACAAGGAGGAUGUGCUUAGAGCUGCGAACAAGUAUCUUCAACAAAAGAUCGGAGAGCAGGAAGGCUUUUAUAGCUUUGAACAACUAACAACUAACACCCCUUACGCACUGACUAUACCAAGUGAAAUAUAUCAAUACUAGUAUAGUCUUAGUGUAUUAACAACAUAAAUUUCUUCAUAGUUAAAGAAUAAGUUUGUAAAAGAAUAUGACUUUGUUGUACCUCAUUGUAAUGUGUGUUUAGAUUUGACCAUUUUAAGUUUGCAACUCAUGACAUGGUGUGCUUUGUAAUAGAUUGUGUUAAUGACAUGUAUCUACAUAUUGGCGACUAA